CUUUGACUUCCGCUUCCUGUACGAACAAAAUGGCGGGGUCCAUGGGAAUUUCCACACUUUUAGAUUCAAAUGAAUAUUCAUCGCUUUCUGAAGAAGCAAAAAACAACAUAGUCAACUGUUUUUCAAAUACACAAAAAGACGCUCAAGAUGUGCGGGCAAAUUUGGAAAAAUUACGCGUAAAUUCAGAACAACAAUAUUUUGAAGUAGAAAAGCAACUAAUUACCUGCAAUACAAAGCUUGAAGCUGAGUCUUCAGCCAAUGAACAGCUCCGUGAGCAGAUUGCAGAACUAGAGAAAAAGUACAAUGAGGCUUCACAAAAACUCCGUGGAUUGGAAGACUCACAGGAAGGAAGUCUUUCAACACAGUUACGGCUAACAAAGGUGAAUGAACAGCUAGAAUGUGAGAAGAGAGAAUUUGCUAUUCUUCUUGAGAAAAGAAAUAGAGAAAUUGAUAACUUAAAUGAUGAAAUGAAGCAGAUGUCAAGGAAGUUGUCGGAGGUUAACACUGCCAAGUUUGAGGCCAUCGCAAAUCUUGAUGAAGUAAAAAGUGGCGAGGUCAACAAAGAGUUUCAGAUAAAGAGGUUAGAACAGGAAACACAGAAUUUACAGAAGCAAAUUGACUGGCUUAACAAUGAUAUGACAGAAAAAACAAAGGAACUGAUGAAUGUCAGACGAGAAAAGUCAACAAAAUUACUGGAGGUUCAGUCAGAGCUUGAAUCAAAAACAGAAGAGUGCAGUCUUCUUCAGACAACGAUAGAGUCACUACGGAAAAACAACACAGAACAAGCGCACAGAAUUGAGACCUACAUACAGAGAAUUAAAGAUAUACAAGACAGUACGACCCAGUCAGAGGAACAGUUUAAACAAGAAAUUAAUGCCAGGGUGAAACUUGCAGAGAUCUAUAAGACAUCAGCUGAUGAAGCAGAAGCUAAAUCAAAGGAGUUCCUCAGUGCUGUAACAGAACUUCAGAAACUUCUCAAGGAGGCUGCUGAUGCUCAUACAGCUAUGGAGAAUGAGAAAGAUGAAGAAAUACAGAAGUUAAGAGAUGAUAUGGAACAGAGAGAAAAGAGAAUAGAGAGUUUAGAACAGGAGCUUGUUAAUGCCAAUGAUCUGUUGUCAGCAAUGAAGUCUAAAGGAAUGAGUGAAGAUAAGGUUGAAGCAAUGUUCCCGACAGCAGCAGCCACAAGUAAAAUGUUGAAGUCUGGUAUGACCUUGACACAGAUAUACAAUGAAUAUGUACAGGCCACCGACACACUGCAGUUUGAGAAAGAAGAGAAUAAACGACUUAACUCAUACCUGGACCAAAUACUACAGGAAAUAGAAGAGAAGGCCCCGAUGUUGAAAAAACAGAGAGAGGAUUAUGAGAUAGCAUUGAAGAGUAUAGACCAGAUGACGAGACAACUUGAUGCUGCUAUGCUGGAAUCUCAGACAUUACGUAGUGAAUCAGACGAAAGUCACAGGAAAUCAUCGCAUCUCAUGAAAGAGAACCAGAAACUACAACAACAAAUCAGAGAUCUCUCGGAACAGGUGAAGUAUUUAGUGAAGGAGAUGGAAGAAUUGCGAGGUGGUCGUGUAGUCAGGGAGGAUGUCUCGUCACCCGAAGUCAGCAGUUCUUCCAGGCUUAUAUCAGACAGACUGGUCACCUUUGGGAACAUAGAUGAGCUACAGGAUCAGAAUCAGAAACUGUUGGCGGUGAUCAGAGAGCUGUCAGAUAAACAAGAACAGGAGGAAAAUGCAGCCAUAGAUGUCAGGACGAAGGAAUUAAAGGAGCAGCUAGAACAAGCACAAGAAGAGCUGGCAGAAUUGAAGGACUCGAGGUUAAGACAGUCUGAAAUGGUGGAGUCUAUAGUUAGGCAGAGAGAUAUGUACAGGAUACUUCUACAGCAGGCAAAUGCUUCACCUACUCCAGAUACAUCAUUUUCACGCCUUGGUGAAUCAAAGAGCCCAGCCAAAUCUUUACUGAAGAGCCCAGGUUCUGAAGCAACAGAGAAAAAGAUUGAUGAAGCCAACAAGGCAUUGAAACAACUGCAGGCAGAAUUCACAUCAUACAAGAAAGAGAAAUUGGAGAAUGACAAGAUAAUGAAUGAGCAGAUAGACAAGUCCAGACAGGAAAUGGGAGAUCUACGCAUACAGAAUGCCAAGUUAGCUUCACAGCUUGACUUUGCUGCUGAGAGAAACAAAGCAUUUGUGAGUAAUGCCGAGGGAUACAAGAGGGAGAUAGCAAUGUUACAAGAUAAACUACAGAAAUAUACAGCAUCAGUCUACAAACAUGAACAGACUAUUAACUCACUCAGACAGGAGUUGAUGGCAGCCCAGGAGCAGAUGUCAAAGGCCCAGGCACGUGCUGACAAUCUCCGAGCAGACAAAGAUCUCAUCAGGUCAUCAGAACAGAGAGUGAUUGCCGAGCUGGAAAGUAUACGCAGGGAGAGACACACUCAGACCAUGUUAAUGGCUAAUCUACAGGCAAUACAAAAUAAUUUAGAAAGAAGUGAGAAAGAAACAAAGUUUGGAUUAGGGAAACAGAUUGAGACUUUAGAAAGGGAAAAAACUUUCCUGAAAAAGAGACUAGAAACCGAGGAUAGACAGCAUACAACUAUUACCAAACAUUGGGAGAAACAAGUACAGGAACUGAGAGGUCAGAUUGAACAGGAACUGAAGAGCCAUCAGAACACAAAGGACCAAUUGGGAACCAAAGAUAAACAAAUGCAGGAAAUGAAACAACAGCUUAUGACAGUUUCAACUAAACUGGCGACUGCUGAAACAAGACUGGAAAAUCUCACAGACGAUACAGGUGGAGGCAAUGUUGAGGAGUUGAAGGAAUUGAGAGCCAGUCUGGAGCAGUCUCGGGCGGAGGUGGACAGUCUACAGACACAGUUACAGAAAGCCAAGCAACAUGUAGAACAAUAUAAAACAAUAGCCGAUAGCAUACAACAAACUAUAGUCAAACAAAAUGAGGCCAGUGAUAAUUUCAAGACAAAUUUAGAAGAGAGACUAAGGGAAGCUGAAGAGGAGCGUACCCAUCUGUCAUCACAGAUAGAAACUCUGGAGGCUGAGAGACAAGAAUUGCUCAACGAGAAUAUCAGGAUCACAGAGGAAAGCCAUAACUUGAAUGCAGAUCUGCGUAAGAACCUAGCCGAGAUUCAGAAUGAACUACAAGAAGUCACUGAGAGACGGGAAACAGCCAUUGCCUUGGAGAUGUCAGCAAAACAAGAGUGUGAGAACCAGACGCAACUUGCAGCAGACGCACAAGACAAAUAUGAGCGGGAACUGAUGUUACAUGCAGCUGAUGUAGAAGCACUGAGCGCAGCAAAGAAACAACUUGAGGGUUUUAAUGCUAAACUAAUGGAGAAAGAGGAGCAAGCUAGGAUUGCAGAAUUACAGCUUAAGGAAUAUAAAGCAUCAUCAGAGGAAAGGGAGAAAAUGUUGAGAGAGGAACGAGACAAGAUGGCUGCCAGGGUGAAGGACUUGGUGCAGGAGACACAAGCACUACAUCAGCAAAUGGGCAAGUUGAGUAACCAGGUUGUAUCUGUACAAGAGAGGGCAGCUGCGACACCACGUAGGUUUGCUGGGGCUCAAACCCAGGAUGACAGCAGCAAGUCCUCAGAACAGCUUCUUGAAGUUGUAAGAUAUUUGAGAAAGGAGAAGGAUAUAUCAGAAGGCAAGUUAGAUGUUGUAGAGACGGAAUGUUCAAGAUUGAAACAACGAUGUGAUAGUUUGGAGAAACAGCUAGAGUCAGCAAAUACACAACUGUCCGAGGAGAGGGAACAAAGACAGGCUGAGGCACAGACAGCGGCCCAGCAUGCAGAGUUGAUGCACAGAGUAGAGUCUUACAACCUGUUACAUGACAGUAAUAAACUGUUGAGGGAGGAGAGGGAUCAGCUACAGGGACAGCUCACUCAGGCUGAAGCUAAGCUCACAAAACUUGAGGAGACAAUUAGACCCCUGCAAUCAGAAAUCCGUGAACUGCAGUCUCAGAGAGAUGCUCUAGCCAUAGAUAAGAAGUCUAUAUUGGGAGAGGUUGAACGAUGGCGAAACAGAACCAAUCAGCUGAUAGAACAGUCCCAUAAAACUGACCCAGAGGAACAUAAACGUCUCAUUCAGGAGAGAGAAGAAAUGAGGAAACAGGUGAACAGUACCACAGACGAGUUACAUAAAGCAAAAGCAGAGGCAACUAAAGCAGGCAUAGAGGUAGCAAAACUACAGAGGCAGUUAACACAGUUGAAAGAUGAGCACACAAAACUAAGUGAAGAGAGUAAGAAAAUUAAGGAAGAACUUGAUAAAGAGUCGAAAGAGAAUGCUGAAAAAGCAAAAACUAUUGUUCAGUUGAAGAGAGUGGGUCGGAAGUACAAGGACCAGGCUGAGACAACAACAAAGGAGUUUGAAGAAUACAAGGCUAAACAAGGGGAAAACACAGAAAAACAAUUACAGGCUAAUGUAGAGAAAAUGAAAGAAUUAGAGCAGACAGUCAAAGAACAAGAUGAAAACUUGGCAACAGUGAAGAACAGCUUGCAAGAAGUUACAUCGAAGAACACAGAGAAUGAAAAUAAAUUGAAAAAUGUUGAAAAUACCAAACAAGUUCUUGAAAACAGUCUUAAGGAUUCGGAGGAAAAGAGAAAAAAUUUGGAACAGAGGUUGCUUGCGGUUACAGCAGAGAAAGAGCAUAUAGAGCAAGCAAUGGAGCAGAAAACACAGCAACAACAACAACAACAAGUAGAAUCUGCCAAGAUUACACAGCUACAGCAGCAAAUAAACAAAUUAAAUGAAGACUCGAAUAAAGUGAAAGAGGAAAAAUCAGAGGUAGAGAAGAAGUUAACUCGAGCACACCAGAUGCUUCAGUCAGCCAAGACGAAGCUACAGUCUAUGAAAGAAAUCAACGAGAAACUGACAAGUGAGAGACUGGAGAUGAAGAAGAAAAUUUCUGAACAAACAAACACUUCAAAUGCUUCUAAUGAGGAGGCUGAGUUACGUGAAAGCAAAUUGAAGGAGUUCGAAUCCCAGAUAGAAACACUAAAACAAGAAAUAGCAUCCAGAGAUAAUACUAUAGCUGAACUUCAGAAAAAUAUACAGCAGCUACAGAAGCAGUUAGACAGUCAGAAGGCAACAUCCCAGCCUGCAGUGCAGGCAUCAAGGUCAGCUGGUAGUGUGGCUCAGGAUAGAACAAGUUCAUCACCAUCAGAACCACCAAAGACAGCUAAUAUACGUCCUAUAGCCUCUAGUCCUGCCAGUAUCAAACCCCAGACUGUCCCUGUACAGCCACAGUCAGCAGCCUCAAAGGUGAUGGCCAGCAUACGUCCCAUGGCAAUUGCGCCUACCUCAGUAUCUCCAAUUACUACAUCGUUAGGAACUCCCACGGCAACAGUGAUGCCAACAACAGCAGUCUCACAGCAAGAAAUUGUUACAGAAGAAGAGUUAGUAACUCCUGUACAACAGUUAUUCCCACAAUCAACAUCUGUUGGAGGCAGACCAACACAGCAAGUACAGAGAGUUAUUCCUAAUCAAGAAUCUGCAAGUGUUGAGAGCAUUCCAGAAAGUACAACAGAGACUGUAGUGGUUGAACCAGUACAGUCCACUUCUAGAGAAACACCUGUUGUUGCCAUUCAGCAGACGGCCAAGAGACAGAGAGAGGAAUUAGAAAGCCCCGGAGAUGAUACAGUUGUAAAGAGGACCAGAGUUUCUACCUCAGAGCCUGAUUCAAGUGAAAUCCCCGAGAUCACUAUUUCUGAAGUUGUACCCCAGGAAGCUCCUGAAGACUCACAGGAGGCAGCUGAAGGUGAUGGGGCACAGGAGCCAGAGGAAACAGAGGCUCAAACACAAGGGGAGGAUACUGAGGAAGGAACUCCAAGUCAGUUACCAGAAUCAGAACAGCAGGUUGAGGAGCAGGCAGAGGGAGAUGACAUGCAGGAAGGUCAGGGUGUGUCUGAGGAGGGGGAGCAAGUAGAAUCUGGGGAGGUGGAGGAUGAUGGAGCCGUGAUAAUUGUUGAGAGUGAAGACGAGGAGGAGCAAGAAGAUCAGCCGGAGGAUGAUGGUGAUGAGGAAGAUGAAGAAGAUGAGGAGGAGGAGGAAGAAGAUGGAGAUGAUGAUGAUGAUGAGGGGAUGGAGUAUGGAGGCGAGGGACAGGUAGAGGAAGAAUUCGAUAUUGGUCCACCUGAUAUAGAUGAGAUGGAGGAUGGAGGGUACAGUGAGGAGAGAGGAGGAAAUAUGCAGACUGGAGAACAAAGUCAGGGUGAUGACGAUGUUGUAAUUAUAGAUGAAGAUGAUGAUGAUGAUGCAGGAAUGGAAUCCCAGGAACCAGACUCUCAGCCUGCAAGCCAGUCUAGUAGUCAAACCAGUCAGCAGUCGCUGGUUCCCCCACUCCAGCCUAUUAUGUCUAUGCCAGAGAGGCAGUUGUCUGUGGGAGGCAGGAGCCAGCUUACACCUUUCAUGAUUGGGGCAACUGGUUCAGGUUUUGAAGUAGAUUUAGAUGACUGUACAGUUCCCAGUACUCCGACUCUGAACGUCCCACGUAGAAUGGAUGGUUUUGCAGAGGCAGUCAGCUCACCACAGGUUUCACAGAGAUUUGUAUUUGGUAGCGGAGGAAGUGAACAGAAUCUCUCAAUGUUGCAACUAGAUGCUCAAGAAGCAUUGGGAAUGGGUAUGGAUGACACUCGUAUGGAUCUAUCACAGCUAGAGGAAGGAUCAGGUCGCAGUGUACCAUCAACACCACUACAUACAACUGCUCCAGUGACAGUUAUCACUGAAGCUGCUGAUACAUUGCCAAGCCAAUCAGAAACAGCUGUCACAUCUGUUAGCCAAUCAGAACUUGAGACACAGGAAGAGGUGGAGUCUGGCAUGGUACAGUUUGAUGAAGGAGAGGGAGAUGUUGUUGAUUUGGGAGGGGAGGAUUUUGAGGGAGAGCUGGGCGAGGAAGACUCCCAGGAGGAGGACUAUGAACAGAGCCAGGAGACAGAAGAUAGGUCACAGCCUGAGACAGAGAGAGACAUAGCAGGGGAUGUGGAAGCAAGCUCCAGCAGGGAGGACGUCCCUGUAAGCUCAAGUACUGAUAAACCACAAGAUGCUUCAAAGCCUAAAAUCCAGAAAAUAAUUUGGGAUGCUCCAGCACCGAGUCAAACAACAGUAAGUCCUGCAGCCAGCGCAAGUUCACCAAUACCUACAGUCACACAGAUGGGACAACAACAGUACAGACAAGGUAGAGGGGGCCCACAGAGGGGAAUGCCGCCACAGAGAAUGAAUAGAGGAGGCUUCCAGCGGGGUCAGAGACGACCAAUGAGGAGCCGCGGGGGCAUGGUAUAUCAGAGGAGACCACCUAUGUAUUGAUCUAUUUUCCAGUCUUGGGAGAAAAUUUCUUUAACUGUAUAGUGCUUUACAAACAGACAAUUAUUGCAAAGAAAUCUACUUGAUUCAUUGAUAUGUCAUUGCUCAUCAAAGUUAUUUUAUAAAACAGGUGUGUCAGGUAUCAGAGGUUUUACAUAGACAUUUCUCAUACAUUUUUGUGUUGAAAUUUGUCACAUGAAUAAUUGAGGACACUUUCAGUGGGUUGUUUCAUGUAUCAUUUGAUAUUUAAACAUUUAUCAUGUAUGUUUGGCUGUUGAAUGAUGUUAAAUGCUUGUUUUGCUUGAGUAUUUUAUGCCGUAUGUGUCAUUGUAUAAAUAUGGCAAACUUCAUUGUGAAUUGUUCAGAAUGUUUCACUUCACAUUGACGAAUCUUGUGUUCAGAUGACCUUGUAAAAAUCACAUUGGUUGAGAUACAAGCAUCAAUAAAGUAACAUUUUCAAGUA